UACCGGAGUAUGCGAUCAUGGCGGAUGUGCUACUGCAGUCGCAGCCGGAGUGCAAACCCGAGCAGGAGGCGAUCCUGAACGGGGAGGUGGAUCUCGAAGAGAGAGACGAGGCAGACCCCUCCGAAGAGGCGGCCAAGAAGAAGAAGAAAAAGAAGAAGAAGGGCAAAGCUGCGGCCUCCGCUGCUACCAAUGGGACAGAGGGGGUGGGUGGUGCUGAGGGGGUUGGCGAUGUGACGAAACAGCUAGAGAAGCAAGCCCUAGAGGACAAGGAAAAGGAGGAGGAUGGAGAGGACGAUGGAGAGGAAGGGGAAGGUGCAGCGGGGAAGAAGAAGAAGAAGAAAAAGAAGAAGAAAGGACCCAAAGUGCAGACAGACCCGCCCUCUGUCCCCAUUUGUGAGCUGUACCCCAGCGGUGUCUUCCCGAAGGGCCAAGAAUGCGAGUACCCCAUCACUCAGGAUGGGAAGAGUGCGGCAUGGCGCACCACCAGUGAGGAGAAGCGUGUGCUGGACAAGGCCAGCGAGGAGGUGUGGAACGACUUCCGGCAGGCCGCCGAGGCGCAUCGGCAGGUCCGGCAGUACGUCAUGAGUUGGAUCAAGCCCGGCAUGACCAUGAUUGAAAUCUGUGAGAAGCUGGAGGACUGCUCCAGGAAGCUGAUCAAGGAGAAUGGACUGAACGCGGGCCUGGCCUUCCCCACGGGCUGCUCCCUCAACAACUGUGCCGCCCACUACACCCCCAACGCAGGCGACCCCACCGUGCUGCAGUAUGACGACGUCUGCAAGAUCGACUUCGGGACGCACAUCAACGGGCGGAUCAUUGACUGUGCCUUUACUGUCACCUUCAAUCCAAAGUACAACAAGCUGCUAGAAGCUGUGAAAGAUGCUACUAACACUGGAAUCAAGUGUGCUGGAAUUGACGUCCGCCUAUGUGAUGUUGGCGAAUCGAUACAGGAAGUGAUGGAGUCCUAUGAAGUUGAACUGGACGGGAAGACAUACCAAGUGAAGCCAAUCAGGAACCUGAAUGGCCACUCCAUCGGGCAGUACAGGAUACACGCUGGAAAGACUGUUCCAAUUGUCAAGGGCGGCGAGGCCACAAGAAUGGAGGAAGGAGAGGUCUACGCCAUUGAGACAUUCGGCAGCACAGGAAAGGGAGUGGUCCACGAUGACAUGGAGUGCUCACACUACAUGAAGAACUUCGAUGUCGGCCACGUGCCCAUCAGACUCCCAAGGGCAAAGCACCUGCUGAAUGUGGUGAACGAGAACUUCGGCACACUGGCCUUCUGCCGGCGCUGGCUGGACCGCCUCGGGGAGAGCAAGUACCUGAUGGCGCUGAAGAACCUGUGCGACCUGGGCAUCGUGGACCCCUACCCCCCGCUGUGCGACGCCAAGGGCUCCUACACCGCGCAGUUUGAGCACACCAUUCUGCUGCGGCCCACCUGCAAGGAGGUGGUGAGCCGGGGCGAUGACUACUGAGUGCCCCGACACACGUGUGCGCAUGCGCGCACACACACACGCUAACAUGUUGGUGCAUACACAUACAUACACACUC